CACCGUCAGUAUAGCGACACGCUUCGCUCGUGCCGUGUGUCGCUUCCGCUGCCGCACCCGCUAAGCUAUGAAGGUUAAAGUGAAGGGAGCUAGGUCCAAGAAUAUGGACAAGCUGAUAGCCGCUGUCCAAGCACGCGAAUGCUUGUGGGAUAAGAGCUAUAGAGGUCACAGGAAUCGGUUUAAGUUGGAGCGUUAUUGGAAUGAAGUGGCCGCGGAAGUUGGUACUACAAGUAUCAAUUGCAGAAAGAGAUGGAAGAACCUCAAGGACCAAUGUCGGAAAGAGAUGAAAAAGAACAACGAAUCAGAAUGGCCUCACUUCCAGAAAUUGAAGUUCAUCCACCAUCAGUUCCUGGCUGAAGAGGAGGAAGGCGACGAGGACACAACAGAUGAAGUCUUUAAUGGCUUGGAUGAAUCUAUUAAACGGCCCAAGUUGGGUUACACCAUGAGAAAGAAAUUGCUUAUGAACAAGAGAAGAACAAUUGACGUUGAUAUGGACAAGCUGAUAGAACUGGUGCAGGCCAGGGAGAUUAUAUGGAACAGACAGCUGAAGGGACAUCACAAUUGGUAUAAAUUGGAUGAAAGUUGGAAAGAAAUUUCUCAACAACUUGGAGUUACGCGCGAUGAAGCCAGGCUUAAAUGGAAAUAUCUACGCGACCAAGCUAGAAAGGAAUGCCGUAAGCAAGUAUCAGAAUGGGAAUAUCUACCGAAGCUUCAGUUCUUAACAAAUCAGUUUAAUGACUACGAAGGUCAUGACACAACAGACGACCACUUCAACCAGGACUUCGAACCCACGCCUGAACAAAGCAGCAGUUAUUACUUGGAACCACCUGCAACAAAUGAUAUAAGUGUCAAAGAUGAUGAAUUCGACGAAUUCGAUACUAAACCUAUCAUAAUGGAGACAGAUUUUUACGACGACGAUGAUGAAGCCCAAAAAGGGACAGGAAAUGUUGGAACUCCUGAACCAGCUAAGGACGAAGAUAUCGGUUUUUUCAAUAGUCUCAUACCCCAUGUUAAGAAACUACUGCCAGCGAAGAAAUUGAUGCUGCGGAUGAAGAUACAGGAACUGGUUUAUAAUACAGUGUACAGUGAGACCUAGGACAGGCCUUUUGGGGGUGAAGACCCUCAAUUUUAUUGACGUUUUGUAAUUUAAGUGCUGUGCAAACCAUAAGGAACAAUGAAAAAACAACAUUUUUAGGCAAUGUUUUGCUGAAAGUUAUGAUAUAUGUAGUGGUUUUAGGAUGCAUAUGAAUAACUGCAUAACACAAAAAUAAAAAGAUUUUUGUAUGCUUGGAUAAAGUUAUCAAAAUUAUUAUGCACUUCUUGAUAGGAACAAAAAGCCAUUUAUCUAUUGUUAUUUUCUUAUGAUCUGAUUAAUUGCAUCUGAUUUAGUUCACAAGCAAGCCUCAAAAAUCACGUAAGAAAUAAAAAAUUAAAAACAUUAAACUUUGCUUUUCCCAAAUUUUUUGGUUUAAAUGAGUCUCGGUCUUAGAAAAGGAAUGAUUUUCCUCGAGCUCUUUUAAGUUAUAAAUAAUAACAUUAUGUCUCAAACGCAUAAGUUUGCUUGAAUUUAAAACUGUGUUAACACCAACUCCCCGUGACGGAAUCAAAAUAUUGAAAAUUAAUCGCAAUAUUAUUUAUUGUAUGACAUAAACAUGCCUACGUUAUAACAUAAAUUCAUGGAAACAUAAAAAAAAUGUUAGUUUUAUAAUUUCUUAGUUCCUUAGGUUUAAAAACCGUUCUUAUUCCUUAAUUUAAGUAUUAUAUAUUAAUGAAAUAUCUAUAAUACAUUUGUGUAUAACAACCCUAUAGCAUAAGGUCAGAUAUGUAGAAAAAAAACAACAUUGAAUUGUAUUCAACAACGACGUAUUUAUUAAAGCAAAGUAAGAUUA